GUGGAAGGACACAGUGAGGUUGCACCCCCAGCCCCCCGCCCCCCGCUCCCCAUCCCCGGCUCGGGCUCCUCCGGCUCCAUCAAAGCGGGCCGGGGCCAGCGCAAGGAUCUGGGGCUUGCAAAGUGUUGUGCUGAGGCUGGUGGGACUGUCACUCAUUCUCCCGAUCGGCGCGUGAACGCAGCUAGGCGGCCUCUGGCAGGAAACAAAUUCUGCAAAAAAAAUAACCAGCAUCCUAAUAAUCCGACUCAGCCUGGCAAUCGUGUACCCCUAGAUCUGUGGCUCUGCCGCCUCCGUCUACACUCGCUGCAAAGGGGCAGGAGGCAUAGACAGACAGAACUGACCUCGGCUCGAACAGAUCUCUCUCUCUCUCUCUCUCUGGGCCAGCAGAUUACAAUGCUGCCAACUAAGGAUCAUCUCAUCUGGACUUUGUUAUUCCUGGGAACUGCAGUUUGUCUACAAGUGGACAUUGUUCCCAGCCAAGGAGAAAUCAGCGUUGGAGAGUCCAAGUUCUUCCUGUGUCAAGUGGCAGGAGAUGCCAAAGAUAAAGACAUCUCCUGGUUCUCGCCCAAUGGAGAAAAACUCACCCCAAAUCAGCAGCGGAUCUCAGUGGUGUGGAACGAUGACUCUUCAUCCACGCUUACCAUCUACAAUGCCAACAUUGAUGAUGCCGGCAUUUACAAGUGUGUGGUCACUGGGGAGGAUGGCAGCGAGUCAGAGGCUACAGUGAACGUGAAGAUCUUCCAGAAGCUCAUGUUCAAGAAUGCACCAACCCCACAGGAGUUCCGAGAGGGAGAAGAUGCUGUGAUUGUGUGUGAUGUGGUCAGCUCCCUGCCCCCAACCAUUAUCUGGAAACACAAAGGCAGAGAUGUCAUCCUGAAAAAAGAUGUCCGAUUUAUAGUCCUGUCCAACAACUACCUGCAGAUCAAAGGCAUCAAGAAAACAGAUGAGGGCACUUACCGCUGCGAGGGCAGGAUCCUGGCUCGGGGAGAGAUCAACUUCAAGGACAUUCAGGUCGUUGUGAAUGUGCCUCCCACUGUCCAGGCCAGACAGACGGUUGUGAAUGCUACUGCCAACCUGGGCCAAUCGGUCACCCUGGUGUGUGAUGCUGAAGGCUUCCCAGAGCCCACCAUGAGUUGGACAAAGGAUGGGGAACAGAUAGAGGAUGAGGAAGACGAGAAAUACAUCUUCAGUGACGACAGUUCUGAGCUGACCAUCGGGAACGUGGAUAAGAAUGAUGAGGCUGAGUAUGUCUGCAUUGCCGAGAACAAGGCUGGAGAGCAGGAUGCAUCAAUCCACCUCAAAGUCUUCGCAAAACCCAAAAUCACAUAUGUAGAAAACCAGACUGCCAUGGAACUGGAAGAACGGGUCACACUGAUCUGUGAAGCCUCGGGAGACCCCAUUCCCUCCAUCACCUGGAGAACAUCCAACCGAAAUAUCAGCAGUGAAGAAAAGGCUUCGUGGACUCGACCAGAGAAGCAAGAGACCCUGGAUGGGCACAUGGUGGUGCGCAGCUAUGCCCGCGUGUCGUCCCUCACCCUGAAGAGCAUCCAGUACACGGAUGCAGGAGAAUAUAUCUGCACUGCCAGCAACACCAUUGGCCAGGAUUCGCAGUCCAUGUACCUCGAAGUGCAGUAUGCUCCCAAGUUGCAGGGACCUGUGGCUGUGUACACAUGGGAAGGAAACCAGGUGAACAUUACCUGUGAAGUGUUUGCCUACCCCAGUGCCACCAUCUCAUGGUUCCGCGAUGGACAGUUGCUUCCUAGUUCCAACUACAGCAACAUCAAGAUCUAUAGCACUCCCGUGGCCAGUUAUCUGGAGGUCACUCCAGACUCUGAGAAUGACUUUGGGAACUAUAACUGUACUGCUGUGAAUCGCAUUGGACAGGAGUCACUGGAGUUCAUCCUUGUCCAAGCUGACACCCCAUCUUCACCGUCCAUUGACCAGGUGGAGCCAUACUCAAGCACUGCACAGGUGCAGUUCGAUGAACCAGAAGCCACCGGCGGGGUGCCCAUUCUCAAGUACAAGGCUGAAUGGAGAGCAGUGGGCGAGGAAAUGUGGCAUUUCAAGUGGUAUGAUGCCAAAGAAGCCAACAGAGAGGGCACUGUCACCAUCAUGGGCCUAAAGCCUGAGACGACAUACUCCGUGCGGCUGGCAGCGCUCAACGGCAAGGGCCUGGGCGAGAUCAGCGCUGCCUCUGAGUUCAAGACACAGCCAGUCCGGGAACCAAGUGCGCCUAAGCUGGAAGGGCAGAUGGGAGAAGACGGGAAUAGCAUCAAGGUGAACCUCAUCAAGCAGGAUGAUGGCGGCUCCCCCAUCAAGCACUACCUGGUCAAGUACCGAGCGAAGCUCUCUUCUGAGUGGAAGCCAGAGAUCAGGCUUGCAUCCGGCAGCGACCAUGUCAUGCUCAAGUCCCUGGACUGGAACGCAGAAUAUGAGGUCUACGUGGUGGCUGAGAACCAGCAGGGCAAGUCCAAGGCAGCUCAUUUUGUCUUCAAGACCUCGGCCCAGCCCACAGUCAUCCCAGCCAACGGCAGUCCCACAGCAGGUCUGAGCACCGGGGCCAUCGUGGGCAUCCUCAUUGUCAUCUUCGUGUUGCUCCUGGUGGUGGUGGAUAUCACCUGUUACUUCCUGAACAAGUGUGGUCUGCUCAUGUGCAUCGCCGUCAAUCUGUGUGGGAAGGCCGGACCUGGAGCCAAGGGCAAAGACAUGGAGGAGGGCAAAGCCGCCUUCUCGAAAGACGAGUCCAAGGAGCCCAUUGUGGAGGUGAGGACGGAGGAGGACCGGACCCCCAACCAUGAUGGAGGGAAGCACGCAGAGCCCAACGAGACCACGCCGUUGACAGAGCCCGAGCUGCCUGCUGACACCACAGCCACUGUUGAGGACAUGCUGCCUUCUGUCACCACCGUCACUGCUAACUCUGACACUAUCACCGAAACCUUUGCCACUGCUCAGAACAGCCCCACCAGUGAGACCACCACCCUGACCUCCAGUAUUGCCCCCCCAGCUAAUGCCACCCCUGACUCAAAUUCUGUGCCCGCUGGCCAGACCGCCCCUUCCAAGGGGACCGGCACAGCCGCCUCUGCCCCAUCCCCAGCUUUAACGCCCAAGGUAGCCCCCCUUGUUGACCUGAGCGACACCCCGACUUCAGCCCCUGCAGCCAGCAAUUUGUCUUCUAGUGUCCUGGCUAACCAGGGGGCUGUACUCAGCCCCAGUGCCCCUGCCAGUGUGGGGGAGGCCUCCAAGGCCAACAAGCCAACCCCUGUGCCAGGCCCUGCCACAGCAGGGACGGCCAGUCCCCUAGCAGCAGCAGCUGCUCCUGCCCCAGAAGUCCCCCCAGUCCAGCAGGAGGCUCCCAGCACCAAAGGCCCGGACCCCGAGCCCAGCCAGCCCGGGGCCAUGAAGAGCCCGGCAGAGGCCACCACGGGCCAGUCUAGUCCGAAGAGCGAGGUGGCCUCCGUCAACGCCACAAACCCUGCCCAGGGCGAGGACUUUAAAAUGGACGAAGGGAACUUCAAGACCCCUGAUAUUGACCUUGCAAAGGAUGUUUUUGCAGCCCUGGGCUCUCCUGCUCCCGCCACUGGGGCCAGUGGACAAGCCCCUGAGCUUGCUCCUUCCACUGCAGACAGCUCUGUUCCGCCGGCACCAGCCAAGACCGAGAAAGGCUCCGCAGAAGCAAAGCCUGAGUGUCCAGAGACAGAAACGAAGCCAGCGCCCGCCGACGUGAAGACGGUGCCCAACGACACCACACAGACAAAGGAGAAUGAGAGCAAAGCAUGAUGGGGGACGAGAAGCCAGCGAAGCUCAACAUACCAAGUGACACAGCAGCUUCACCAGAGCAUUUCCAACGUCUCACACACACACACACACACACACACACACACACAAACACACACACACACACACACACACAUCUCAUUCCUCUAGUGUCUUUUGCCUUUAAAAAAAAAAAGAAAGAAACAGAUAAACACAGGAUCUCCUUUUUGUAGGUUUAUAGAAAGGGACCCUUUGUUUCACACUCACUUGUAAGAAAACGAGACAAAAAGGUUAAACCCACAGCCAAACUAGGACACUGCGUUCCCUGAAACCAUUUCAAAUUCAAACAAAAGGACCCAAAUUAAGACUCUAGGAAGCUCAGAAAAAAAUCUAGGUUUAGGAAGACCAUGUUGGUGGUGCCCAACUGGCACAAGCCAGUUUCAGAGAACUGCUUCCAGGCACUAAGUAACUCACCGAAUGAACAAAGUCCACGUUUAUUUUUAUACUUUCAGUCGAGUUUGAACUCUGUAGGACCUCAUAAAUCAGUUAUACUUUCUGUUCACUUUGUAUUUGUUCAGUAUGCAAAGUGUGUCACUCUUUCUAGCCGAAUUCAAUUCCCACGUAGACUCUUGUUUUGUAGGAAGAAUGCCAAAUUGCAGCUUGUGGGGGUAGAGCUCAAAUUUGCAGUAUUCUGAUUUCUUUUUUCUUUCCUUUUCCUUUUUUUUUUCCUUCCACCUUCCCUCUCCCUUCAUCCUUCUGCCAAUUUUGUUUUCCAGUGUUUACAAGUUGACAAACGUUUGACUUCCGUUGUGUUGUAAUGUCCCUGUCAAAUAGCUGCCUUUUUGUUUAGAGAUUUCUUUGAUUUUUUUUAAGUUAUGGGUACUGCCUCAAGGCGGGUAGAACCACCACAGGCUGGCCUGAGUGCAGGACAACUUUCCAAGCUCCCAUGUUUACAGUGAGUGAAUCUUCCCCCAGCCCCAUUCUGACCAUUCUGCCUGUGGGGGACACAGGUAAAAGCGUAUCUGGUCCUGGAAUAGCUUUGCUUUAGGGUAAGGGGGUCACUUCUUUUUUUCUUUUUUGGUGUCUUUGGAGGCUAGACCACUUUCUGUUUAGCCACCACCUAUCUAUUUCUGUGAAAAAAAGAAUCUGCACCCUGCCCCCCCCUAGGUGUCCGAGUCCUUCCUUUGGAAGGACUCUUUAUAGGGUUUGUUGAAUGAAGCAGAAACGAUUGUAUAGUUGGGGCUGGUCUUAGUGAACACACACUUUUACCCCCAAACAUCCCUCCCCUUUUUGUAGAAAGCCAAAUAAGAUAUAUACAUACCAUUUCCUUUUAAACCCAGAAUCUAGAUCUGAGCGGAAGAGCGUGUGGGCUUCAGGGAUUUAGUGUCUUUUUUUGGGAAUCUGUUGAAGUAAAGCAACAUCAGCCUUCUGUUCAGUUAGGCAGCAUUUGUACAAACAAAAGAGAAAAGAAGAAGGGAAAAAAUAUAUAUAUAAAACCAACCUGCUGUCUGGAGUCAUAAUACAACUUUCCUGGAUUGGAAACCAAGUGGGAAAAAAAAAUACAGAAACUUUAAGGGGGAAGGGAGGGGGGGAGGGAAAAGCCAGCCCUUUGUAUAGAAAUUUUGCUUUUUUUUUCCUCAUUCUACUUUAGAACUGCAAGCUUGUGCACUGUGGAUGCGUGAAUAUUUUAGUGUGAAAUGUGUUUUUGUCAUAGUAUUGAAAUAAAACUUCAACAUAGUUUGGUUGUGGAAGAUAUAGCAGAUAGUUCAGAAAAGAUUAUUCAGGAAACAAAAUAAUUCUUAAAAGGAACUGAAGCCUUUAAACAAAGAAGAUGAUGAUGAUGUUAAGUUAACAGAAAUCACUCUGGCAUGGGUGCCUUUGUGAGGUACAAAACAGCAAGAGGCUAGUGGCAAUGGUGCCCCAGGCUCGGUUCUGUGGGUCCCGCUCACCAAUGUUCUGACACUUCUGCAAUCCGGUCAGUGGCGAUAUGCUAGAUUAUCAUUUCAAACUGUGAAAAAUAACGGUCUUGUCCUUUGCUCAAUGUGGGGUUAUUUUGCAUUUUCUCAGCUCCUGGGGAUGGAAAUGGAGGAGCCCGGUAUGCCCAGCUUCGGCCUCUCUCAUUCUAGGUCUUGCACACAUCUGUGGUUCAAAUGCACUGGCCUCACGGCAGCUAGCAAUACACACACCCCUCUUAGAGCACAGCAGUAGGUGGGGGUGGUCUGAGGUUGAAAGGACCCCUAGGAUAGGGCAGGGCUGGCAGCCAUGGGAUCACUUUUUUGCCUUGUGAUCUUAGUGGCUUUGACCAGGGCCAAGCCCUUGCUAUACCUCACAGAGACAGUGCGUGUCACUUCAUGUGGCUGCGGUGAGGCAAACUUUGAUUUUUGCGGUCCGGAAGACAGAGGUAUAGUCAACCCUGCAAAUGUCUCACCCAGGGCAGCUGGCCACCCCUACCAGACAGAACCUUGGCCCCGAAAUUCUGGGGCGGAACACCAAGACUGCCCACGUUUGGGUCUGCCUCUCCUCUGAAAUGUAAAUGUGUCUCCACGUGUGUGAACUUUCCUUGCUAAAAACUAAAAAAAAAAAUAGCAAUGCUUUCUCUCACAUGGAGGAGGAAGUGGCUUUAUUUUCCAAAGGUUCUAUCUUUUAUGUUAAGAGAUUAAAGACUUAGAAUUUGCCUUUUUUUUUUAAUUUUUUGGAAGGAGGGAUCAACUCUACUAGUUUCCAGUGUCUAUGUGUCUAUAUGUGUACUUGCCAUACAUGUGUAUUCACAUAAGUACUACCGGCAUCACCACGUUCUGUGGAGGGGGCACUCAUGUGCCGUGCACAGGGCCUCCGCGUCCUGAAGGGCCGUUGUGUAUAUAGUGCAGCUUUUGAAGUGGAACUCUAUUUUCACACUUUUCUAUGGAGCCUUCCAAGUCCUGGGUUUUCACUCUAGGCUGUCUGUCUGGAUGGUGGUUCUCAGACCUCCAUUAACAUCCCUACCCAGCAUUCCCUACUUCGGGGGCCUUCUCUCUUGUUAUAAACUUUUUACCAAGUGAAACAUCAAUACCACCUUUGUUUCCAUUCUCACUGGUGUAAAUACUGAUACUAACUGAGAAUUUUGACUUUGCAUUCUGUCAGAAUACUUGUGUUCAAUAAAAAUCAAAAGGAAAAAAAAAGAA